CAAUUGCACAUUUCCAGCAGCUUCUGUUAGCAAGUCUCCUUUUUGUUGGCAUCGACCAACCUAGCUGGUGGCUUGGCUUACAUAUCUCGGCUGGAGACGCCAGGCUCUUCUAGGCCAUUUGUACAUUGUGUCUAGUCUUUGGGGGGAAAUGGUUAUGAAACCACUGAUAUGGAGUAGAUUUGAAUGUGCUCCAUGAUGUAGGUCGCCCACCCUUCCUUCCUCCCCUGGGAUAAAAGAAGGAUUAAAACCAGGCCUAAUCUGGAAAACAGGACCAUGGCAACCUAGCAGGGGAAAUAACCUUUGGAAUGUCAACAUCUACGUUUCCAAGAAGCAGAACAGAACAAGUUGGCUUUCUCCUUCGAACACGUCCCUCAAAAAACCCAUACCUUUGCUUCUAAAUGUGGAUUGAAAUGAACGCAAGUGCCUUUCACAAACAGGCUUGUUUUCAUUUGCAGGUGCCAAAAACAAUGCAGAAGGACAUGGAUACAGCAUGACCCUGGAAAUACGCUUAUGCUCUGCCCGUGAUAAGACUUAAAUGCACUAUCUGUAUGAUCCAACUCUUCGAAGAAGCAAUACGUCGCCGUAGGUGCAGAGAAAAUCUUGGCUGGCUGCAGAGGGAAUAAAAAUAGUCGCCGCAAGCUCUGUGUUUUGCAAUCUGCUGCACAGCUCCGCCGCUUUGCUCGGUGUUCCGUUCGGACAAAACCACUUUGCCGCCUGGAGCAGAUGGGAAUGAGCCCAACAGGGUGGGCUUUUUUAUCCUCGGUGUGACUUUUCUAUCUCCCAUCAAUAGUUGUCUCUCCUUGGCUGUCGCUCUCGUGUUUUGCCCAGAGAGAAGGCAAGACCUUGGCUCAACGGUGGCACGGCAAAGCUCUACAGCUCAUCUUUCUGAUCUUGGGUUGUGCCAAAGACUCGAGAUGCUACAAAGAAGCCAACAGAGAGAGAGAGUUUGAAGUACUUGGCAUCCGCUGGGGUCAUGACUGACGGAGAACCGCCGAUGAACGCUCUCCAUGGAUGCAGCCUUCCGGAUGAGAAUUCGUCCCUCUCCGCCUGCCCCAAAGAAGCUUGGCUUGAGCCUGCCUUCACCUUGGCAGCCAGGACUCGGGUGGUCGUGACCAGCUGCUUUUUCAUGGUGGCAGCCUGCAGCAACUCGGUGGUCCUGUACAGCGUGACCCGGAAGAGGCGCAAAUCCCACGUCCAGCUGCUCAUCCUCAGCUUGACAGCGGCCGACCUGCUGGUGACCACCAUUGUGAUGCCGCUGGAUGCCGUGUGGAACAUCACCAUCCAGUGGUAUGCUGGAGAUAGCCUCUGCAAGCUCCUCAAUUUCCUCAAGCUCUUUGCCAUGUACUCGGCCGCUCUGGUGCUGGUGGUCAUCAGCUUGGACCGUCACGCGGCCGUCCUUCGCCCGUUCUCCUUCGCAAAUUCCAACCGCCGCAACCGAGUCAUGCUCUCUGUGGCCUGGGUGCUCAGCGCCUUGCUGGCCUCUCCUCAGCUCUUUCUUUUCCACCUCUACACCGUCCCGGGGGUCAAUUUCACCCAAUGUGUGACGCAUGGAAGCUUCAAAGAGCGCUGGCAGGAGACCACUUACAACAUGUUCACCUUCACCACUCUCUACGUCACCCCGCUGAGCGUGAUGGUCAUCUGCUACAUCCGGAUCUUGUUUGAGAUUAGCAAGCAGCUAAAAAUUAACCAAGGUCUGGCCAGAGGGAAGGACGACCACAUUUCCAAGGCCCGCAUGAAGACCCUCACCAUGACCAUCCUGAUCGUGGCCUCGUUCAUCGUUUGCUGGACUCCGUAUUACCUCCUGGGCUUGUGGUAUUGGUUCCAGCCCGACAUGAUCCGCCAAAUGCCGGAGUACGUCAACCACUUUCUGUUCCUCUUCGGCCUUCUGCACACCUGCACCGACCCCAUUGUCUAUGGGCUAUACACCCCGUCCUUCCGCGAGGACAUGAAGAUGUGCCUCAAGGGCCUGAAGCUCACCUUGACCCACCAGGAGAAAAGCCUGGCCGUUAUUGUGGAACUCAAAAACAAAGAGGACCGCGAACAGGGCCGGCCCCGUUCGAGCGUUUCCAACGGCGGGACAAUGCACACUGCGUUUUAGAAUCUGACGCUUGGACAGAGAAGGUCCUCUGGACCCACUGACGUAUGAAUAUUGAACUCUCCAUCUGUACAAGCGAGGAGCCAGAAACUAAAUGCAAGAACUGAUUGUUAACAUGAGAAUAUCAAAAGAGCCCCGGUAGCAAAGUGUAUUAAAGCGCUGAGCUGCUGAACUUGCAGACCGAAAGGUCCCAGGUUCAAAUCUCGGGAGUGGAGUGAGCGCCCGCUUUUGCUCCAGCUCCUGCCAACCUAGCAGUUCGAAAAUAUGCCAAUGUGAGUAGAUCAAUAGGUACAGCUCCGGCGGGAAGGUAACGGCGCUCCAUGGCCACAUGACCUUGGAGAUGUCUACGGACAACGCCGGCUCUUCGGCUUAGAAAUGGAAAUGAGCACCAACCCCCAGAGUCGGUCACGACUGGACUUAACGUCAGGGGAAACCUUUACCUUAUCAAAGGAGCAGGCACACGUGAAGUGGGGCAUACAAGGAAUUUGAUUUCCAUUAGACUCCUUGAGUCUAUUGAGGAUGCAACUCAUGCUCCUAUAGUAUUCCUUUUGAAGAAAUACAAUUAGAAUUAACAUCCUUUUUUCCUCUUGGUUGUAACUGCUCUGGCUGUAAUGGCCCAUAUUCUAAAGAAUAGGUUACGUACCUGCUUGUUGUCCAUGAAUGGGAGCCUGUGCUGACUCAGUCCAAACAACUGAAGACUUUUCAGGCUGCCUCUGAAAAAGAUCGCUUUGUAUUUUUGCAGAAUUUUCAAGAUGAAGUGUUUUAAUUCCCAACUUUGUGGGGAAACACGAGACCAUUUUUGUGUUUGUUGGCUCCCAUUGCUCCGCUCUAUUCUGGACAGUCUCCAAGGACCAGCAAUUCAUAGCUCUUACACAGGCACCAGGUCAUGAACCACAAGUUCAUUUUGCAAAUUUGUCAUUUGCAGAAUUUUCCACCUAAUUCAGAAAGAAUAACUUUUCCAAACUCUAGUUGUUUCUGUUUGUUCCAUGGUGUUCCAUUAAAGCCUUUUUCACCUCUUUCA